CUAAAGUUGGCCACUUCAACUCCUUCCAACCGGCACGCAGGCUUUAUCAAAACGACCCACCACAAAAGUGUACCGAGGAAAAGAAUAAAACACACUUUUUACAAAUUCGUUGAUUUAGCGCAAGGUAGGCCUAUACCGCCUUGAUUUACAAUAACUCCACACACACACACUCACACACACACGCGGCAAAAGAGUGUGUGGGGGGGGGUAUUUUUAGCAAUUUCCUCGCACAAGUGACGAGCAUCGUUUCUCCGUGGAAGGGGUUUUAUACACAAGUUUUUUGGAAUUGGGAUUCGAGCAUAGAGCUGUUGAGCGUUGUUUACAUCUGAAGAACCACUGUCUCUGCGAUCGCAAGAUUUCAUUUUUUUUUGUUGGAAUCCGGACCUCUGAGUGUGCGAGGUUCUUCCAGGCUGUGUUUGGUGUUGUGCUGAGGAGCUGGAAUGGCUACUUUACCGGGAACUAUGCCGCGCAUGAUGCGCCCUGCGCCGGGCCAGAACUAUCCGCGCACCGGCUUCCCCCUGGAAGUAUCAACUCCUCUGGGCCAGGGUCGCGUCAACCAGCUCGGCGGAGUGUUCAUCAACGGGAGGCCACUGCCCAAUCACAUCCGACACAAGAUAGUAGAGAUGGCCCACCAUGGAAUCCGACCCUGUGUAAUCUCGCGACAACUGAGAGUUUCUCACGGUUGCGUCUCCAAGAUACUGUGCCGGUACCAGGAGACCGGUUCGAUUCGUCCUGGGGCCAUAGGCGGCAGCAAGCCCAGGCAAGUGGCAACUCCCGACGUGGAGAAGAGGAUCGAGGAGUACAAGCGGGAGAACCCCGGCAUGUUCAGCUGGGAGAUCCGAGACAAGCUGCUGAAGGACGGGGUGUGCGACAGAAGCACUGUUCCUUCAGGUGAGGCAUCUUCUGUGAGCUCCAUCAGCCGCGUGUUGAGGGCCCGGUUUGGCAAAAAAGAUGACGAGGAUGAUUGUGAUAAGAAGGAUGAAGAUGGGGAAAAGAAAACAAAGCAUAGCAUCGAUGGCAUCCUGGGUGAUAAAGGCAACCGCACAGACGAGGGAUCGGACGUGGACUCGGAGCCCGACCUGCCCCUGAAGAGGAAGCAGCGCCGCAGCCGCACCACCUUCACGGCGGAGCAGCUGGAGGAGCUGGAGAAGGCCUUCGAGAGGACCCACUACCCCGACAUCUACACCCGCGAGGAGCUGGCCCAGAGGACCAAGCUGACGGAGGCCCGCGUACAGGUGUGGUUCAGCAACAGGCGAGCCAGGUGGCGCAAGCAGGCGGGAGCCAAUCAGCUUGCAGCAUUCAACCACCUGCUCCCUGGAGGCUUCCCACCCACCGGAAUGCCAUCCCUACCCACCUACCAGCUCCCGGAGUCCAGCUAUCCCGGUAGCACAUUGGCCCAGGACGGCAGCAGUACGUUGCACAGACCCCAGCCCCUGCCGCCCUCCUCCAUGCACCAGGGCGGUCUGUCCGCAGACAGCGGCUCCGCCUACGGCCUCUCGUCCAACCGCCACGGCUUCUCCAGCUACUCCGACACCUUCAUGAGCCCCGCCGGCUCCGGGAACCACAUGAACGCCGUCAGCAACGGCCUCUCCCCGCAGGUGAUGAGCAUCCUGAGUAACCCCGGGGGCGUGGCCUCCCAGUCCCAGCACGACUUCUCCAUCUCCCCGCUGCACGGCGGCCUGGACAGCUCCAACCCCAUCUCGGCCAGCUGCAGCCAGCGCUCCGACUCCAUCAAGGGGGUGGACAGCCUGGCCUCCUCCCAGUCCUACUGCCCACCAACCUACAGCGCCAGCAGCUACAGCGUGGACCCCGUUGCCGCCGGCUACCAGUACAGCCAGUAUGGGCAGACUGCUGUGGACUACCUGGCCAAGAACGUGAGCCUUUCCACCCAGAGGAGGAUGAAGCUGGGGGACCACUCUGCCGUGCUGGGACUGCUGCAGGUGGAGACGGGUCAGGCCUACUGA